AUGAAGUGUACGUAUCUGAACAGACCAGACAGGAUCUCAUGUGAGGUUUGUGGAUUCAGGAUUAGAGUUGAUGAUAAUGAUGAUGAAGAUGAUGAUGACCUUUCUACCAUCAUUCACCCUCUCUCUACAUUUGACAUAGAGGAAGAUUCUGUAAGAGGUAAUUCUUUCUGGAACCCACCUGUCCAAAUAUGUCCACCAAAUCAUUCCACGGGAUAUUCAUUCGAGUAUAUGACAGAUGAAAGGCCACAAGACGGAAGCUUUUUCAGACGUGAAUUGAGAAUAAUACUCGUUGGAAAAACCGGAUCGGGAAAAAGUGCGACAGGAAAUACCAUUUUGGGCAAAAGAAUUUUUGAGUCGGAUGUAUCCAAUUCAAGCAUUACUAAAUGUUGCAAGAAAGGAUCAGUCCGAAGAUUCGGGGAAGAUAUACUAGUCGUAGAUACUCCUGGCCUUUUUGACACAGGAAUGACAAAUGAGGAUAUAACCAAGGAGAUUUUGAAAUGCGUAGGAAUCAGCGCCCCCGGGCCUCAUGCAAUUUUGCUUAUCAUCGGGAUCGGUCGAUUUACCAAGGAGGAAAGAGAUACAGUUGAAUUACUACGUAAAGCCUUUGGUCCAAACAUGCUGAAAUAUUUGAUAAUUGUUUUCACAAGAAAAGAUGAUCUAGACCGCGGGCGAAAAUCUAUACAGCAGAUUUUAAAUGACGCCCCACCGUCUUUGCAAGAAAUAAUCAGCAGUUGUAAAGAUCGGUUUUUUGCCAUAGAUAACACAGAAAUGGAGACUGAAAAGUCAGAGAAGCAGGUGAUGGAACUUUUAGAAAUGAUAAAAGGAAUGGUGAAGGAAAAUGGAGACAAAUUCUACACAAGUACAAUCUUUGACCAGUCGGAGUUAGCCAUUAGAGAACGCGAAAGAGAACUAAAAGCUAAAUAUGAGAAAAGCAUGGAGGAAAUUUCAAAUCUUAAAAAGAGAGAAAGGACAUUAGUCGACAAACUGGCACAAAUGGAAGAUCAACUCCUAGCCGACCAACAAAGUCUAUCGAAAAGACUCAGCUAUUUGCAGACGGAUAUGGAUCAUUUGAUGAUCGAAGCAAAUCCUGACAGUUUUGACGAAGAUGAAAAUUGUAAAUUGAUAAGUUUGCAGCAAAAGAUUAUAGGUGUAAAGAGUCGUUUGGAAGAUGUUAGGCGGGAACAAGAAGAGAAGAUGGACGACGAUUUAAGGAGUAUGUUUCCUCAUGAGUGUUCGGCGUUUCAUCAUCCACAUUACAGCAAACUUGACAGAUAUUUCAGAGACAAUGUUCGAAAUGAAAUUGAAAGAGGAGAUACAAAUAUAUUGAAGAAAGUGUGGAAGAAUAUCAAAAAGACAGGGUCAGAGCUAGUCAGUAAAUUUAAGGACAUAUUCGAUACAGUGAAGGAGAAAAUUGGUUUUUGA